AGAUUGAAAUUAACCAAAUCAAUCAAACAAAAGAAAAAAGACAGUCAGAAAGAAAUCCAAGAUGGCGACAACCAGGCCACCACGUCACGGCCUCAGACGGGCUAUCAGACCAGGAUUCCAUCUGCUCCAAAUACUCUGAAUCUCCGGUCACAGAAUACAGCUCAUCACAUAAGAUGCUGCAGGAGUUACAUGCCAUAAUUAAUGCAGACUUCUACCACAUUGACCGAGACAUAAGGAAAGAAAUUUCUAACUUAGGUGACAGAACAAGUCACUUAGAAAACCGGGAACUGUGUGCUGCACUUAACGAAGUAGUCGACAAGGUACACAAGCUUGCUGAGGAAGACGCUUUAUUAAGAAGUAAAAUGGCAUACAUGGAGGACAGAUCAAAGCUCCAAAAUGUUCGCUUUCACAGCAUUACAGACGAUGUCUCACAUGAUGCACUGCCUACUCAAAUUAUAUCUAUAUGUAAGUCAUUGAUACCAGAACUACCUGAUUUAGCAUGGGCCUUUGAUCGCAUGCAUAGACUUCCUCACGAAAGAUGUCAUAGUAAAGUUCCAUUAUCAUGCACACAAGGAUGCAUUACUAACAGCUGCCAGGAAGCUUUCUACACUCCAAGCUCCACACCAAUAUCCUUCCCU